AUGUUCCAGCACUUAAUGAUUGUGUCUGUUGGGUUCAUAAUACAAAAUCUCUGCUUCCUGACUGAAACUACAGGACAGGCAAAAAGAUGCGAUAGGAAGUCUCUUCUGACCAUUAGAACCGAGUGUCGUUCCUGUUCACUCAACUUUGGAAUCGAAUGUCCAGAUGGUUACACCAAGGUUACCAAUGGCUCUGUAGGAGUUCGAGAUUGCAGGUAUACAUUCGAGGUCAGAACCUACUCACUCUCUCUCCCUGGAUGCCGGCAUAUCUGUAGAAAGGAUUACCUCCAGCCACAGUGUUGCCCAGGCCACUGGGGUCCAGACUGCAUGGAGUGCCCUGGAGGAGCUGUGUCCCCCUGCAAUGGCAGAGGCAGUUGUGCUGAAGGCAUAGAAGGAAAUGGAACCUGUUCCUGCCGAGAAGGAUUCGGAGGAACAGCCUGUGAAGCCUGUGCGACUGACAACUUAUUUGGACCCAGCUGUUCAGCAGUGUGCAGCUGUGUUCAUGGAGUGUGCAACAGUGGCCUGGGCGGCGAUGGCACCUGUGAGUGCUUCUCUGCAUACACAGGCUCCAACUGUAGCAAGCCCAUUCCUGAAUGUGCAGCCUUGGUCUGUCCAGAAAAUUCCCGAUGCUCACCUUCCAGUAGAAAUGAAACCAAGCUAGAAUGCAAAUGCCUUCCCAAUUACAAAGCCCAUGGCAAAGACUGCAAGCCCAUCAAUCCAUGUUUACAAAACAUCUGCCACCCUCAUGCUCACUGUACAUACCUGGGACCAAAUCAGCACCUUUGUACAUGUGAAGAUGGUUACCGUGGGGAUGGCCAAGUGUGCGUACCGGUAGACCCCUGCCAGGUGAACUUUGGAAACUGCCCUACAAAGUCGACAGUGUGCAAAUACGACGGGCCUGGACAGUCUCACUGUGAGUGUAAGGAACAUUACCAUGAUUUUGUACCUGGAGUCGGAUGCAGUGUGACUGAUAUCUGCCAAUCAAAUAACCCCUGCCACAGGAAUGCCAACUGUACCACCAUCCUACCAGGCCAAACUGAAUGCACUUGUCAGAAAGGUUACGUGGGAGACGGUGUGAUGUGCUAUGGGAACAUUAUGGAGCGGCUCAGAGAUUUAAACACCGAACCCAGAGGGAAAUGGCAAGGAAGACUGACCUCUUUCAUCUCACUUCUGGAUAAAGCUUAUUCCUGGCCAUUAAGUAACCUGGGACCAUUCACUGUGCUGUUACCAACAGACAAAGGACUGAAAGGACUCAAUGUCAAACAGCUUUUGACGAAUAAUGAGGCUGCUCGGUACUUUGUGAAACUGCACAUCAUUGCUGGGCAGAUGAGCACAGAGCAUUUGAAUUCCACAGACACCUUUUAUACCUUGACGGGAAAGUCCGGGGAAAUCUUCAAUGGUGAUAAGGACAAUCAACUUAAGGUCAAACUUUAUGGAGGCAAAAAGAAGGUAAAAAUUAUACAGGGCAACAUUAUUGCUUCCAAUGGGCUCAUGCACAUCAUCGACAAAGCCAUGGACAAGACGGACCCCACAUUUGAAAGCAACACUGAGCAAACCAUAAUGACAAUGCUACAACCAAGAUUCAGCAAAUUCAGAUCUUUACUAGAGGAAACCAACGUGGGACAUGCCUUAGAUGAGGAUGGGAUUGGUGGACCAUACACCAUUUUUGUUCCAAGUAAUGAAGCAUUAAAUAACAUGAAGGAUGGCACUCUUGAUUAUCUCCUUUCUUCAGAGGGUUCUCGGAAGCUUCUAGAACUCGUCAGAUACCAUAUUGUCCCAUUUACCCAGCUCGAAGUGGCUGCUCUCAUUUCAAGCCCUCACAUCAGAAGCAUGGCCAACCAGAUCAUACAGUUUAAUGUGACCAACAAUGGACAGAUUCUUGCGAAUGGUGUGACCAUCGAAGAAACUGAGGUCGCUGCCAAAAAUGGCCGAAUUUACACCCUGACUGGAGUCCUCAUCCCUCCUUCUAUCAUCCCAAUCCUGCCUCACCGAUGUGAUGAAACCAAGAGAGAACUGAAAUUGAGCACCUGUGUGAGCUGUUCCCUGGUGUAUUGGAGCAUCUGUCCAGCUAACUCUGAGCCCACAGCGCUGUUCACACACAACUGUGUCUACCCCGGCAGAAUAAGGAGCCUGAAGAGCGGCUGUGCCCGAUACUGCAAUGCCACUGUGAAGAUCCCCAAGUGCUGCCCAGGCUUCUACGGACCUGACUGCAAUCAAUGCCCAGGAGGUUUCUCAAACCCAUGCUCAGGAAAUGGACAGUGUGCAGAUGGCCUCGGUGGUAAUGGGACGUGCAUAUGUGAACAUGGUUUCCAAGGCUCUCAGUGUCAGUUCUGCUCCAAUCCCAACAAAUACGGCCCUCGGUGUGACAAAACGUGUCUGUGUGUUCACGGAACAUGUGACAACAGGAUAGACAGUGACGGGGCCUGCCUCACUGGUACUUGCAGAGACGGGGCCGCUGGAAAGUUCUGCGACAAGCAGACCUCUGCCUGUGGGCCCUAUGUGCAGUUCUGUCAUAUCCACGCUGCCUGUGACUACAGCAAUGGAACAGCCAGCUGUGUUUGCAAAGCAGGAUACAAAGGGGACGGAAUCCUCUGUACAGAAAUGGAUCCCUGUGCAGGAUUAACCCCAGGAGGCUGCAGCCACAAUGCAGAAUGCAUCAAAACUGGCCCGGGGACCCACACCUGUGUGUGCCAGCCGGGAUGGACGGGGAAUGGGAGAGACUGCUCAGAGAUCAACAACUGCCUGCUGCCCAGCGCUGGGGGCUGUCACAGCAAUGCUACCUGUUUGUACAUAGGCCCUGGGCAGAAUGAGUGUGAGUGCAAGAAAGGAUUCCGAGGCAACGGAGUUGACUGUGAGCCAAUGACUUCUUGCUUAGAACUAACUGGGAAAUGUCACCCUCUGGCCUCUUGCCAGCCUACUUCCUCGGGCGGCAGUGUCUGGAGCUGUGUUUGUGGAGAAGGCUAUGAGGGAGAUGGUCUUCUGUGUUAUGGGAAUGCAGACGUGGAAUUGUCAUUUCUCUCUGAGGCAGCUAUAUUUAACCAGUGGAUAACUGACGCUUCUCUACGGCCUGUGCUGUCAGCCACCUCAAACCUUACUGUCCUCGUGCCUUCGAAACAAGCUAUUCAGAAUAUGGACUCAGAUGAUAAAACCUUUUGGUUGUCAAACAGCAAUAUUCCAGCCCUAAUAAAAUACCAUAUGCUCCUGGGCACAUACAGUGUGGCAGAUAUGCAGACUCUGUCGUCUUCUGACAUGCUGGCAACAUCUUUGCAGGGCAACUUUCUCCGCCUGGCAAAAGUGGCUGGGAAUAUCACCAUUGAAGGUGCUUCCAUCGUCGAUGGUGACAACGCAGCCACAAAUGGAGUACUCCACGUCAUCAACAAGGUUCUGAUUCCACAAAGAAGCCUAACUGGCUCCUUACCAAACCUGCUCACCCGACUGGACCAGAUGCCCGACUAUUCCAUCUUCCGCAGCUACAUCAUUCACUAUAACCUGGCUAGUACAAUCGAGGCAGCCGAUGCUUACACAGUGUUUGCUCCCAACAACAACGCCAUCGAGAGGUACAUCAGGGAGAAGAAGGCUGCCACUCUAAAUGAGGAUGUUGUCAAGUACCACGUGGUCCUGGAAGAGAAACUCCUGAAGAAUGACCUGCACAACGGCAUGCACCGGGAGACUCUGCUUGGUUUCUCCCACCUCCUUGGCUUCUCUAUCCACAAGGACCAGAUCUAUGUAAAUGAGGUUCACAUAAACUACACCAAUGCAGCCACUGACAAGGGAGUGAUCCAUGGCUUGGAGAAAGUUCUGGAAAUUCAGAAAAAUAGAUGUGAUACUAAUGACACUACAAUUGUUCAAGGCAAGUGUGGGAAGUGUUCCCAGGCACCAAUCUGCCCAUUUGGAACUAAACCACUCGGUGAUGAGAUUAAGAGAUGUAUCUAUACCCUUUAUUUCUUGGGAAAGCGAUCGCCGUUCAUUGGGUGCCAGCCAAAAUGUGUAAAAACUGUAAUUACAAGAGAAUGCUGUGCAGGCUUCUUCGGUCCCCAGUGCCAAGUCUGCCCAGGGACAGCCGGGAACGUCUGCUUUGGAAAUGGAAUCUGCUUGGAUGGAGUGAAUGGCACAGGAAUAUGUGAAUGUGGAGAGGGCUUCAAUGGGACGGCCUGUGAGACCUGCACCGAGGGCAAAUAUGGGAUCCACUGUGACCAAGCGUGCUCUUGUGUCCAUGGGAGAUGUAACCAAGGGCCCUCCGGUGACGGCUCCUGUGAAUGUGACGUUGGCUGGCGAGGAGUGAAAUGUGACACUGAAAUCACAAAAGACAACUGCAAUGGGACAUGCCACACCAGUGCCAACUGUCUUCUCAAUUCCGACCGCACCGCAUCAUGCAAGUGUGCUGCAGGCUUCCAAGGGAACGGGACAGUCUGCACAGCCAUCAACGCCUGUGCAAUCAGCAACGGAGGUUGUUCUGCCAAGGCUGACUGCAAAAGAACCACCCCAGGGAACCGGCUGUGUGUGUGCAAGGCGGGCUAUGCUGGCGACGGCAUCGUGUGUCUCGAAAUUAAUCCGUGUUUGAAGAACCACGGUGGCUGUGACAAGAAUGCAGAGUGCACGCAUACUGGGCCCAAUCAGGCUGUCUGUAACUGUUUGCCAACAUACACGGGAGAUGGCAAGACCUGCACACUCAUCAAUGUGUGCCUGACGAAAAAUGGCGGCUGUAGUGUACUUGCUAUCUGCAGUCACACUGGACAAGGGGAUCGAACCUGUACCUGCAAGCCAAACUACAUUGGGGAUGGGUUUACCUGCCGUGGCAACAUCUAUCAGGAGCUGCCAAAGAACCCCAAAACAUCCCAGUAUUUCUUCCAGUUACAGGAGCAUUCUGUGGGAGAUAUGUCUGGCCCAGGCCCCUUCACUGUCUUCGCACCUUUGUCAACAGCCUUUGAUGAGGACAGCCGGCUGAAAGACUGGGACAGACAGGGCAUAAUGGCUCAGGUUCUCCGCUACCAUGUGAUCUCCUGCCACCAGCUGCUUCUGGAAAACCUGAAACUGACCCCAAAUGUAACCUCCCUCCAAGGAGAGUCAAUUGUCAUCUCGGUCUCUCAGGACACAGUGUAUUUAAAUAACAAGGCUAAGAUCAUAUCCAGUGAUAUCAUCAGUACCAAUGGAAUCAUCCACAUCAUAGACAAACUGCUGUCUCCCCAAAACUUGCUUAUCACCCCUAAAGAUGCCUCUGGAAAGAUUCUGCAAAAUCUUACAACCGUGGCAAAAAACCAUGGCUACAACAAAUUUAGCAACCUAAUACAGGAUGCAGGUUUGCUGAGUCUCAUCACUGAUCCCAUCCACAUCCCAGUCACUCUCUUCUGGCCCACGGACCAAGCUCUCCAAGCCUUACCCCCUCAACAACAGGAUUUCCUCUUCAAACAAGAGAACAAGGACAAGCUGAAGGAGUACUUGAAGUUCCACGUGAUCCGAGAUUCCAAGGUUUUAGCAGUGGAUCUCCCCAGAUCUGCCACCUGGAAGACCCUGCAAGGUUCCGAGCUGAGUGUGACAUGUGGAGCUGCCAGCAGCAUUGGCGAGCUCUUUCUGAAUGGCCAAACAUGCAGGAUUGUGCAGCGGGAGCUCCUAUUUGACCUGGGUGUGGCCUAUGGCAUCGACUGUCUGCUGAUUGACCCCACUCUGGGGGGCCGCUGUGACACUUUUGCUAGUUUCAAUAUCUCGGGGGAUUGUGGGAGCUGUAUCAAUACUCCUCGCUGCCCGAAGGAGAGCAAAUCAAGGGGUGUGAAGCAAAAGUGUCUCUACAACCUGCCCUUCAAGAAGAACCUGGAAGGCUGCCAGCAGCAGUGCGUCAUGGUGGUGCAACUCCCCCGGUGCUGCAAGGGGUACUUCGGGCGCGACUGCCAAGCCUGCCCCGGAGGACCAGAUACCCCAUGCAAUAACCGAGGUGUCUGCAGGGAUGAGUACUGGGCCACAGGAGAAUGUAAAUGCAACACCGGCUUCAAUGGGACGGCGUGUGAGCUGUGCUGGCCAGGGAGAUUCGGGCCAGACUGUCAACCCUGUGGCUGCUCAGACCAUGGACAGUGUGAUGAUGGAAUCCUGGGCUCCGGGCAGUGCCUCUGUGAAGCAGGGUGGACGGGACGCUUCUGUGACAGUCAGACAGAAGUGCCUCCUGCGUGUACACCUCCUUGUUCUGCUCACGCCACGUGUAAGGAGAACAACUUGUGUGAGUGUAACCUGAAUUACGAAGGUGACGGAAUAACGUGCACAGUUGUGGAUUUCUGCAAACAGAACAACGGGGGCUGUGCGAAGGUUGCCACGUGCUCUCAGCAGAACACCACGGUCUCCUGCAGCUGCCCGAAGGACUACCAAGGGGACGGCCGCAGCUGCACGCCCGUAGACCCCUGUGCCGAUGGUCUCGAUGGCGGCUGCCAUGAGCAUGCCACCUGCAAGAUGACUGGUCCGGGCAAGCACAAGUGUAAAUGUAAAAGUCACUACGUGGGAGACGGGCUGAACUGUGAGCCGGAGCAGCUGCCCAUUGACCGCUGCUUACAGGACAAUGGACAAUGCCACGCAGAUGCCAACUGUGCCGACCUUCACUUCCAGGAUACCUCCGUGGGCGUGUUCCACUUACGCUCCCCACUCGGCCAGUACAAGCUGACCUUUGACAAAGCCAAAGAGGCCUGUAUCAAUGAAGCUGCAACCAUGGCAACCUACAACCAGCUCUCCUAUGCCCAGAAGGCCAAAUACCACCUCUGUUCAGCGGGCUGGCUGAAGUCUGGGCACGUGGCCUACCCCACAGCCUAUGCCUCCCGAAAGUGUGGAGGUGGCGUUGUUGGGAUUGUGGACUACGGAACGAGAAACAACAAGAGUGAAAUGUGGGAUGUCUUCUGCUACCGGAUGAAAGACGUGAACUGUACCUGCAAGGUGGGCUACGUGGGAGAUGGCUUCUCGUGUCACGGGAACCUGCUGCAGGUGCUGAUGUCCUUCCCAUCACUAACACACUUCCUGACGAAAGUGCUGGCCUAUUCCAACAGCUCGGCCAGGGGCCAGGCGUUUCUGAAACACCUAACUGACCUGUCCAUCCGCGGCACCCUCUUUGUGCCCCAGAACGGUGGGCUGGAGGAAAACGAGACCCUGUCUGGGCGGGACAUCGAGCAUCACCUCACCAACGUCAGCCUCAUUUUUUACGAUGAUCUCAUUAAUGGUACCAUCCUGGGAACCAAGCUGGGAAGUCAGCUACUUAUCACCUCCAGCCAGGACCAGCUCCAUAUGGAGACCAGAUUUGUCAAUGGAAGAGCCAUCCUGCAGUGGGACAUCUUUGCCUCCAAUGGGAUCAUUCAUGUCAUUUCUGGGCCUCUAAAAGCACCCCCCGCCCCAGUGACCUCGGCCCACACUGGCUUGGGAACAGGGAUAUUCUUUGCCAUCAUCCUGGUCCUGGGAGCCAUUGCUUUUGCUGCAUAUGCUUAUUUCCGGCUGAACCGGAGAACAAUUGGCUUCCAGCACUUUGAGUCAGAAGAGGAUAUCAAUGUUGCGGCUUUUGGUAAAGAGGAGCCCGAGAAUAUCUCCAAUCCCUUAUACGAGAGCACCACUUCGGCUCCCCCAGAACCUUCCUACGACCCCUUCGCACAUGUCAGAAUUUGGCUAAUUUCUGCCCCAGGCGAUAAAGAAAAUUUACAAGCUCUGGUGAAGAUGAAUACUGUAACUUCUAAGUCCAACCUGUCUUAUAAUACCAAAUUUACUAUUCCUGACUUCAAGGUGGGGCCCUUGGAUUCCCUUGUUGGUCUCUCUGAUGAGUUGGGGACACUCGAUACCUUUGCUGAAAGCCUUAUAAAGAGAAUGGCUCAGAGCGUGGUACAAGUAGCAGAAGACGCAAAGGUGAAGAUUCAGGAGACCCUCCAGGCCAACGGAGUUGACUUAACAUCCUUUGUGACAUACUUUGAAUGGGACGUGGCCAAAUACCCUGCAAAGCAGCCGCUGUUGACUGUGGUGGCUACACUCGCAAAGCAACUAGCACAAAUUGAGACAGACCUGAAAUCUCGAACAGCCACUUACAACACGCUGAAGACGAAUCUGGCGAAGUCCAUAGGCGACCUCUUCAGUCGGACACUGUGCGACAUUGUGAGCAAAGACGAUUUUGUGUUGGAUUCUGAAUAUAUCAUCACACUGCUGGUUGUUGUUUUCAAACCACACUACACACAAUGGCAAGAAACCUAUGAACCACUUUCAAACAUGGUGGUACCUCGAUCCACCAAAGUGAUUGCCGAGGACAAUGAAGGUGGCCUUUUCACGGUGACUCUGUUUCGAAAAGUGAUUGAUGAUUUCAAGACCAAGGUCAAAGAAAACAAAUUCCCUGUUUGUGAAUUUCACUAUGAUGAAAAAGAAAUUAAAAAGGAAAGGGAAGAAAUGAGCAGAUUGCUACUUGGUAAGAAGCAACAGCAUGGUGCCCUGCUGCACUGGCUCAAGGUGAACUUCAGUGAGGCUUUUAUUGCCUGGAUCCACAUCAAGGCCUUGAGAGUGUUUGUGGAGUCUGUGCUCACAUAUGGACUGCCUGUCAGUUUCCAGACAGUGCUCCUAUAACCUCUUGAGAAGUCAUCCCCCAGAUGUUCAAGAGAAGUGCUCAAUUCCAUCUUCAAACACUUGGAUAUUGUAGCAUCUGCAGGUAUACUGGAUGCCUCUGUGGGGAUCCCUGGAUUACAAUUUAAUAACCAAGAUUAUUUUCCUUAUGUCUACCUCAGCCUUCUUGACUAG